CACUAGUUUUGUGGACUCUCUCUCUCUCUCUCUCUCUCUCUCUCUCUUCUCUAAUCAUCACCCUGCGAUUUGACAUCUUCGCUCGUCCCAACCACCAGGCUUAUUCGUAUCCGCUAGGCCGGCACAGAGCCACUCUUUCGAGAAGCUCAGUAACCCCUCACUCGAACUCUGGAUAUCGUAUACUCGGUACCGCCCAACCACCGCCGACAUGACCUCACCGUGUCGUCUCGAAACCUUCGCCGUAAUGACGGGCAUGAGGGCAUGAUAAAAGGAAUGACUGCCAUGAAGUGCUUCACUUCAUCCACAAGAUUUGGCAACCGCGACCACGACCGUCCACCACCAAGAUGGAAGCUGCAGCGCCCAGCACAACCGCCCCUUUCCCUACCACUACACACUCUUACUUCGACUCCGAUCCCAUCCUCCCCACCACCUCCACAUCUCUACCCACAGAACACCAACCCCAGGAAACCACCCUCUCCCGUCUCGACCGCGACUCCGCCAUCGCCCUCGGCGCUGUGCUCUGCCUCAUCCUCACCGCCAUCCUCUGGACCUUGCGAACACGGACCAAGCACCGGCGAGAGCACCUGCGAGAUCUGGAACUCCGCGACUCGCCAAACAAUGCAAGGAUGGGGAUCCAGCAGACGAGGACUUCCCGCGUGGACAGGAAAGGCAGUUGGCCAAGGGGAAGAGAAGAAAGGGGUGCAGGGGAUGGAAGGGAGAGCGUGGCUACGCUGCCGCGGUACUCGGCGUCGUGGGCGAGGAGGGAUUCUGCGAUGAGGGGUACGUGGGGAUCGAUGGGUAGGGGAACGGAUAGGGAGAUGGAGAAAAGAUGGUGGGGAAGUGUAGCGAAAUAUGGGAGCACUGCGCGUGCGGACCGAGACCACCCACUUCCUGCUCUUCCUCCGUCACCGACACUCUCCUCAAUUACCCGCUCCCCCUCGACGCGCAGCACUCCGUGCCGGUACUCGGUGCACGGCUAUGAGUGGCCGGAUCCAGAGCCGCAAGCACACUAUCGCUGCGAACGCCAUGGCCCGGGUGAACGCCUUGGUAGAUUCAGAGGCGUGGUCUAGGAGACUAAGCGUGAUAGGCAGGGUCUUGAUGAUGGCGCGAGGGCAGCCGGAAGGAGGGAUACGGCGAUACAGGCGGAUCCUUUAGAUAGGAGAAAGACGGAAGUGAGAGAUUGGGCGAGGGGGAAAGUGUAGGAUACUUCUGGUUUGGGUGGUAUUGAUAUGAGGAGCAGGGAGUGUAAGGGUCUGGGACUGGAUGAUGCGGGGAGGCAUCACUUGAAGCGGGAAUGGAGAGAAGAAGAGGAUUCAGUACGGUGGGAGCGGGGAGGA